AUGACUAAUCACCUCUGGAGUAUUAUUACGGAAAGGAAAUCCCUUUGGGUUCAGUGGAUCCACUUGCAUAAAUUGAAGGGUAGGAGCUUAUGGGACAUCCAAGCUCAUGGUAGUAUCAGCUGGGGUUGGCGGAAAAUUUUUUCCAUUCGGAAUGCGGUUUGUCCGUUCAUAUGGAAGUCUGUUAGGAGCGGCUCUCAAAUAAAUGCUUGGAGUGACAACUGGUGCCAGCUCAGUCCGCUUAAUACUUUUAUUACGCCGAGGUCCAUUGCUAAUGCGGGCUUUAAUCUUACUUCAUCUUUAGCGGAUCUUAUCGAUGAUAACGGCCAUUGGAAGUGGCCUACUGCUUGGUAUGAUAUUUAUCCGGUUUUGAUUGGGUUAAAUGCUCCUCUUUUGACUCAGAAUCUGGAGGAUAGAACAAUCUGGAAAGACUUGGAGGGAAAUAUCUGUCCUUUUGGUUCGAUGGAGGUGUGGCAUAAUACCCGUCAUCGUGAACAUCCGGUCUCUUGGGUAAAUGGGGUUUGGUUUAGUCAAUGCAUUCCAAGACACUCGUUCCAUCUUUGGUUGGUUAUUAAAAAUAAGCUCAAGACGCAGGAUCGAUUAGCAAUCUGGGAAGCGGGAAGCGAAUAUAACUUGAGACUUAUGUGCUGUCCAUUAUGUAAGUACGAUCGGGAUUCUAGAGACCAUUUGUUUUUCAGAUGUUCGUUUGCCUCUCAAGUCUGGUGUAAUGUUAAAGUUUUGGUGAACAUGGGGGAUGUUAAUGACUCGUGGCAGUCGAUCAUGAACUGGAUGGAUCAAAAGGCUAAUUCAAGGAAGACGGAACACAUUGUAUGUAAGCUAGUCAUUGCUGCGGCGUCGUAUUUUAUCUGGCAAGAAAGGAAUAAUUGUUUAUUCUCUAAUAAAGAUGCCAAUGUUAAUUCGGUGAGUGAUAAAAUUAAGAAUACGGUUCGGCUUCGAUUGAUGGGGUUUAACUUUAAUGGCGAAUCACACAAUCAAAGCCUUCUAAAGAAGUGGAAGCUGCUUCCAAGUGAUGAAGACAAAGACCCGGGCUAG